AUGGGGAAUGAGACCCGCGGGGAGGACGGCUGUUGGGACAGGAGAAAGGGCACCGCUGGGGAAGAGGCAAGGGCGUCCAUGGGGAAGGGAGUGGGGACACGCAUGGCGGUGGGAGCGAGGUUAUUGACGGGAAGGGGCACGGACACUCGCGGGGUGGGACGUCCCCGUCGGAGCGGGCCGGGCGGGGCCUCUCUCCGAGGGGCAGCCCCGCGGGCUCCGCCUGUGGGAGCGGGGCGGGCCCGGUGGCGCGGGACCUUCCCAGGGCGGCGGGACCGGCCGCAGGUCACGAGGGAGCCGCUGAGGCUACGGCCCUGCGAGUCAGAGCCCGGCGCCCGGCCCGCCCCGCCCCGGAGGCCGCCAUGCCUGCCCGCCGCCGCGGCCCCGCCGGACGGGCCUCAGCUGUCCUCCCAGCUCCGAGCGCUGCCGUCCCGCCCGCCGCAGGUGCUGCCGCUGCCGCCGCCCCGGGAGAGGAGCUGCCGCGGGCUUGGCCGGCGGCCGCUGAGGCCGGGGAGGAGCCGCCGGCGAAGCGAUGCAGGCAGCCCGGCGUGGUGGGAGCGAGCCCCGGGGUCAUGCCCGGCCGGUCGCUGCCACCUCCGUGCCCUGUCCCUCACAGCCAUUGUGAUCACUGAGCAGCCGGUGUCCGUGGCCGUGCCCGUGGGACACAGCUUCAGCCUGCGGUGCCGAGCCGAGGGCCGCACGGCGCUGCGGUACCAGUGGUUCUGCCAGUGCCAGUCUGUCUGCCAGCAGAUUCCUGGUGCCACCAAGGAGGACUUGCCCAUCACUGCACAGCAGUCCCAGCUCUACACCUGCAGAGUCAAUGACCUCCACAAGAACUGCAUCUUCUCUGACUGGGUGAAGGUGGAGGUCCACCAGUGUGUGGCCAGAGGACUGCCCCCUCAGCUCUGGCACGGAGAGCCUCUCAUUGUCCUCAACCCCACUGCGCAGCGGCUGGAGGCGGGGAGGCCGCUGCAGCUGCGCUGUGCUGCCAUGGGAGUCCCGGCCCCCAGCUACCAGUGGUACCGCAACGGCAACCUGCUGGAGCACCAGAAGAGAAAAAAGCUCUGGAUUGCCCAGGCACAGGCCAGCGACUCGGGCACCUACCUCUGCUGUGCCUCCAACAGCCAUGGGCAGCACUGGAGCAGUGCCGUGGAUGUGCUCGUGGGUCCAUGCUGCUCAGAGAAGUUCUUUGCCACAGGCAAGGUCGCGCUGCUGGUGGGCAACAACCGCUACCGGCACCACCCCAGCCUGAUGGCUCCUGUCAGAGACGUGUUUGAGCUGAGGCUUCUUCUGGAGCAGCUGAGCUUCCAGGUGGUGUCCCUGCUGGACCUGAACAAGGCUGAGAUGGUGGCAGCAGUCAGUCAAUUCCUGCAGCUUCUGGGGAAGGGAGUCUAUGCUGUCUUCUACUAUGCUGGGCAUGGCUAUGAACAUCUGGGGAGGAACUACAUGGUCCCUGUUGAUGCUCCACAGCCCUACACCCCUGAGAACUGCAUCAGUGUGCAGAGGAUCCUCCAGAAGAUGCAGCAGCAGGAGACAGCCCUGAACCUUAUCCUGCUGGACACCUGCAGGAAGUGGUACAACCCCGGGGGUGCCCUGUCGCAGGUGCAGCCACUGCAGCCCUGGGGCAAUACAGUCUAUGGCUAUGCCACGAGUGAAGAUGCAGAGGCCUAUGAGCUGCAGGAUGGGGAGCUCAGCUCGGGGAUCUUCAUGAAGUACCUGAAGAAGCACAUCCUGCAGGAGAAAAAGGUCACACGCAUGCUGGAGGAUGUGUUAGAGGCUGUGGGGCAGGACCCGCUGGUGGCUGGCAGGCAGGUGAUGGAGAUCAAGCACACGCUGAAGGAGCCCCGGACCCUGACAGACCCCCUCUGCCCCUCGGCACCAGCUGCCCAGCGCUGGGGACACAGCCGUGAGCUGCUGAGCAGAGUGCUGACCUUCUCCUGCGGGGCAGAGGUGGAGCUACACUGCCACUGGCUCUUCUCCAACGUGCUGCACAUCUGUGCCAAGCUGCUGCCCACCUCAGCACACCUGGCUGAGGUCCUCCUGCUGCUCCGCCGGGCCCCUGGCACUUGCCUGAGCGUGGAGGGGACCUCAGAACGCAGCUGCUCCCCCUGGGCCCCUGCCCCUCCAGGCCAGCAGCCUCCUUCCGCCCAGGCAGAGGACAGGGACAAUGUGGCCACCCCGAGGCAGAGCCACCCGGACCUCCUGGGCUCCCUGCUGGCCUAUGUCUGCAAGCAGGAGAUGGACUGCACCCUGCAGCUGCCUGCACUGCAGCAGAUUCAGGCAGAUGUGGUGCUGCAACUGGACUUGCACUACAGGCAGCGGAGCAGCACGCGAAGGACUCAGGAGAGCCUGCAGACAACCCUGCAGAGAGCCCUGCUGGGGCAGGGCUGCAGCCAGGGCACUGCAGCCACCCAUGCAUGGCUGCAGCCUGCAGUGGUGCUGAGCACGGACCCUAAGGGGCAAGCACAUCUGAGAGCAGGCUCUGGGCACAGCUUGCCCAGCAGCAGCCCCAGCACCAGCAGCCAGCCAGAGGAGAACGAUGAAAGUGACCUGAGCCAGCUCUGCAGUGCCCUGCAGCAGACAUUCGUCCUCCGCUGGAGGAGCUGUGUGUUACACAGCAGGGCGAGCGCAGCCCUGCGCCGAGCAGCCCAGCGGCAGCAGCCGAGCACCAGGGAGCCUGCAGCAGGGUACAACCCCGGGGGUGCCCUGUCGCAGGUGCAGCCACUGCAGCCCUGGGGCAAUACAGUCUAUGGCUAUGCCACGUGA